AUGGCGCGGCAGUGGGGGCCGUCCAUGAGGGCGGCCGAGCGGGCGGGCUGCGUGGUGAGCGCUUCCCGGGCCGGGCAGCCCGAGGCCGGCUCGUGGAGCUGCAGCGGGGUGAUCCUGAGCCGCUGCCCGGACCUGGUGCUGUGCCACGGGGGCAUUUUCACCCCCUUCCUGCGGGCCGGGAGCGGGGCGCUGAGCGCGGCCGGCGCCGCCUUCCUGCCCGGCGACAGUUGCGGUGACGACCUGCGCCUGCACGUGCAGCGGGGUCCAGCAGCCUCGAGCCCCUCAGGCCGCGCAGAGCGGGGCCGCCCGGGGCUGUGCACGCCCCAGUGCGCGGGCCCAGAGUCAGGCCCUCAGGGCCGACCCCGCGGGCGGCCCCUGCAGCCCCCGCGGCCCGCCGAGCUGCUGCUGCUGCUGAGCUGCCCGGCCUUCCGGGCCCACUUCGCUCGCCUCUUCGGGGGCGAGGCGGCGGAGCAGUGGCGCUUCGCGAGCGCGGCGCCGGAGGAAGAGGUGACGGAGGACGAGGAGGAGGAUCAGCUGAGAGCGCUGGGCUGGUUCGCGCUGCUGCGCGUGCGGCCCGACUCCGAGGAGGAGGAGGAAGAGGAGGAGGAGGAGCGCGGGCCGGCAGUGGCCGUGGCGAGUGCUGCGAUCUGGGGACAAGUGGUAUUUGCCACCCAGGAGACAUCGCCCUACGACAUAGCGGUGGUGAGCCUGGAGGAGGACCUACCCGAUGUCUCCCUGCCGGUGCCUGCCGAGCAUUUCCAUGAAGGCGAAGCUGUCAGCGUGGUGGGCUUCGGCGUCUUCGGCCAGGCUUGCGGGCCCUCGGUGACCUCGGGCAUUCUGUCAGCUGUGGUGCAGGUGGAUGACACGCCGGUGAUGCUACAGACCACGUGUGCCGUGCAUGGCGGCUCCAGCGGGGGACCCCUCUUCUCCACCCGCACAGGAGACCUCCUGGGCAUCGUGGCCAGCAACACCCGGGACAAUAACACAGGGGCCACCUACCCUCACCUGAACUUCAGCAUUCCCAUCACGGUGCUCCAGCCAGCCCUGCAGCGGUAUAGUCAGAUGGGUGACCUGGGCAGCCUCCGGGAGCUGGACAGCGCCACUGAGCCAGUGAGGGUGGUGUGGCGGCUGCAGCGGCCGCUGGCGGAGGCCCCGCGGAGCAAGCUGUGA